AUGUCAUAUGCGUACGGGUACGCUGUCAGCGACGUCAUUGCUGUAUUGGGUCUCUUCGAACGAAUAGCGAUCGAAUUGCGGAACUUCAAGAAUGCACCAGCGCACUUCCAACAACUCGGUGCAGAGAUUGAUCUUCUCCAGAAUGCGAUGAGGCAUGCCGUUCGCCUGAUUCCACAGAAUGACGCUCACCGCGAAACCCUCGAACGCGUCAGAGCCAUUGUUAUGCACUGCCUGACGCCUCUACAAGCGCUGGUCAAUAAAAUGCGGACUAAGGAAUCCAGUCUGGGGCACUUUCGCCUUUCGCACAUCGAAGAGCUUGAGCAACAUUGGGACUCGAAUUCAUUGGUCAAUGAUAGCUAA